GCGUGUAUUCUUCUUGGGCGUCUGGAGUGGUUUUUAGGGAUAACAAAGAGCCUUAGACAACAAAGAGCUAGAAGGGCACACAUUCGCUAGUUCAGUCGCUGGUGCAUAAAGGGCAGUUUUUAGGAGUAGAACAACAGCAGUUCGGUUGCUAGGGUUGAGCUUAGAUACGCAAAGUGUUAAUCAAGUUUUGUUUAUCAGUCUCUCGGAAAAAGCACACACAUACACGUCCAAGAUGUCGCUCUAUCCGUCGCUCGAGGACAUGCUGGUGGAUAAGAUGGUGCAGUCACAAAACACGGCCAUCGCCACCGCUGCAGCCCAGCAACAGCAGCAGCAUCUUCCAUACCCGCCAUCCGCCCCAAAGGAUGCUUACGGGUUGUAUCCCAGCUUCGCAAAUGACACACCCUCGGCGAAGAUGGAUGAAAAACCCUCUUCCCCUCCGAUGGCGGCCAGCAUCAUGUAUCCCGAUCUGUACGAGUACAUGGGCCUGGAGCUGUCCAAGGAGAUGAUCCAGGCGAACAUGCCCCAGUACAUGGCACCAGCGCACGUUGCCCCGUCGACCGCGAUCGUACCCCAGCAGUCGGCGGUGGCGUUCGUGAGCAAUGCCAACAUGGUCGCACCCGUUUCGGGCCACUUUACUGGGCUGCAGCGUGCCCAAGUGACGAACGGCAUUCGUGAGCUCGUAAUGUGCAAGGGUGCGGACAAGAAGGUCGGCCUGCGGGUGCAGGCAAUCAAUAAGGGCAUUUUUGUGUGCGUGGUUGUAAAGAACAGUCCGGCCGCGUUGGCGGGUUUGCGCUUUGGCGACCAGAUACUGCAAAUCAACGGUACGCUGGUGGCCGGCUUUUCCGUGGACGAUGUGCACAAGCUGCUGAAGAAGAGCGACAAGAACAACAUCUCGGUGGUGGUGCGCGAUCGACCCUUCGAGCGUGCCAUUACACUGCACAAAGAUUCGGCCGGUAGCUUCGGGUUCCAGUUUAACAAUGGCACCAUUACGGCGAUCGUGAAGGAUUCGUCCGCCGCCCGCAACGGACUGCUGAUCGAUCAGCAGCUGCUCGAGGUGAACGGGCAAAAUGUGAUCGCCAUGAAGGACAAGGAAAUCCGGGAGCUGAUCAGCAGCUCGGACCAGGUCAUGACGCUCACGAUCGUGCCGAAGAUGAUCUACGACGUGAUGAUCAAGAAGCUAUCCACCUCGUGGCUGCGGGGCAAGAUGGACCAUUCGGUGCCAGAUUUUUAAUCUCUAAAUUGUGUUCACACACACAUACACGUUUAUCCAAAUUACACGCAAAGUUAAACAAUUUUCUAUAAUACAUGUUAAACAAAACAAAAACGAAAAACCACUCCACCCAGUGUAAAUCGAGGAACCUCAGGCGGGUAGAUCUGUGUCACACGGAGCAGAAAACACCCGGAACACGGCCAAAGUAUGUUUUUGUGUGUUGGAAGAGCGAACAGAAGUAUACAGGAAAAGAAUCUUACACAACGAUUUUACGUUGCUCUCAGCCAACCAGAGUUACACCUAUAUUCUGUCAUUUACUGUUAUGAACUACUAAACACAACUUAUUGACCAUGUCUGCCAUUUCUAUGUUUGUGAAGCAUAUUUUAUCGUAUUAUUAUUACGUGAAGUAUAUAUAUUAUAUAUUAUUCCACAACCCUCCGUAUUAUCGGUGCACAUCCUCCUAUAUAUAUUACAUGCAAUGGGUUUAAGUCAUGAAAUAAAAUUAUGAUGUAUUAUGACAUUUUUAUUAUGUCCCUCUAAA